GUUGACAGAUUUUGCUUUUGCUACAUUUUUCUUGUGUUUCUUUUUUGGAUCCAUCGUGGCUGGCUGUAAAGUUUUUAACGUUUACUCAUGCUAGCGUCGCAAUUUAUUUACAUUUUCAAGUGCUUUGUAUGAUUAUUGAUCAAAAUGAGUGCGUGGCCGGAGGUAUCGACAGCAAAGUCGGAAAACAGACAUGAAAUCAAAUUGGCGGGCUCCAACGUCUCCAAACGGAUUUCUGAAGGUGGUUUGGACAAGAAUUUGUUUCAAUUGACGAGCUUGAACCUGCUGAACAUCAGUGAUACGUGCUUGUCAUCGAUUCCUGAUGAAAUAAAGCUGCUUUCAAACUUGCAGUCAUUACUUUUAUUCGGAAACCAGUUAGCGGUUUUCAAUGAAAACAUAACCUCGCUGUCGAAAUUAAAAGUGCUAGAUUUGUCAAGAAACCAGAUUACGAGCAUUCCUGAGUCGUUGAAUAAGAUGAAAGAGUUGACAAGUAUAAAUUUUAGUUCGAAUCAUAUCGAUAGUAUGCCUAAAUUAGGGGAUUUUCCCAAUUUGAUUAUGGUGGACAUAUCCAACAACAAACUGACUGCUUUCUUGGAUAUAGAAAACGCUAACUUGCCCCACCUCACGGAUUUGAAGCUCAAAAGCAAUGCUAUUGAGAGUCUGCCAAGCUAUGUGGCUCGUAAUCUGCCAUCUCUGAAGAAUUUUGAUAUCGGAGAAAACCAACUCAAGGUUAUUCCUGGAGAAGUAGCUACCAUGUCUAAAUUGAAAGAACUAAAUCUAAAAGGAAACAAGCUAUCCGACAAAAGACUGAUGAAACUAGUCGACCAGUGCCGCACCAAGCAAAUUCUGGACUACAUCCGCGACCACUGCCCCAAACUGGACCAAUCCCAACCAGCACAGGGCAAGGGCAAAGGCAAGAAAGCCAAAAAGCAGGACGAACCUCCACCGGACGAUAACGUCUGCGAUCUAUGCCAUUCGAUGAAAAUCUUACACGUUGAAGACGACACUCUCAAAGUUAAGAUUGUUGAAUCUGAAGUUAGCGGUGUCCGUCCAUAUAUUGUGUGCUGUAUCGUUAACGAUUUGCACUUCACGGAGGCAUCGUUUAAGAAGUUCAUUCAAAUGCAAACGAAGCUUCAUGACACAAUCUGUGAUAAGAGAAAUGUGGCCACCAUUGCUACUCAUGACCUGAACAAAAUUGCUCCAGGAGACCUACUGUACACUGCCAAAGCUCCCUCCGCGUUAUCCCUGACUCCGCUGUCCCGACUGAAGCCCUACACCGGAGAGCAGCUGUUCCAGCAGCUUACGGCUGAGGCCGAUGCCCUGAGGAAGGAGAAGAAGAGAAAUGUGUACUCUGGGAUCCACAAGUACUUGUACCUCCUGGAAGGCAAGCCCAAGUACCCCUGUCUGGAGGAUGCAAGCGGCCGCGUCAUCAGCUUCCCGCCGAUCACCAACUCUGAAGUUACCAAGAUGUCGCACGAAAGCAAGGCCAUGCUUGUAGAAGUGACAGCACAUGGCUCGCUGGGCGCGUGCCGCAGCGUCCUCAACAAGUUCCUGCAAGAAGCCCUGCUGCUGGGGAUAGGAGACAGCCAGGAGUCCGGCUACCACACGCUCACUGUACAGCAGGUCAAGAUAGUGGACCUAGAAGGCAACCUGAAGAGCGUCUACCCCUCCCGAACCGACUGCGGUUUCGAGGACUCCACCGACGUGAAGGUCUACCGGCUGCCAAAGAAGUAAUCAUUACCAUUACCUACCAUUACUUUAGUAGUCUCUUGCGACGUGAUCUUGUUUAAAAAAACGACCAAGCACCAGCGAUGACAUGAAAUAAGUCAGCUCCCUGGACAAAGUAACAUUCGUGACAGCAGACUUACUCUAACACAAACAUUACUUGAAUUUUUCACAGUGCACGUGGACGCACAGGGUCCCAAAACCUAUUCAUAGACAAUACUCCAGUGGCCGAGUGACACACUAUUCAACGCUUUCGACUUUCCAUAGCGUUACUGCUUCACUUAAGCAAGCAUUGUAUGUGAAAUUGUGAAUACGGGUGUGAAAUGCUAUAUUUACGUAGUUCCGUCUAUCUGUCACCGUCGCUCAUGUUGGUAUUUCGCUAUGCGUGAGAAGGAUGACGACAUUCGAAACAUUGGAUAACGUUUUUCGGAUUGACCCUGCUGAUUCCACAGAUUUAUUAAGAGUUAUCGAUGAAUACUUAACAGAUGGUAUUACUGGCGACUGG